AUGACAAGUGGGAACCCAGGUGUCUGGCAGAGCCCUGGGGCCCAGGAAAAUGGUGGGGUGGAGCAGCCCGAGCAGCAGAAAGAGCCCUCUGUGGUGCCGACCAGCGGAGAGGCCUUCCACCUCACCCUCGCUGGCCUUGCCCUGAGGGGUCAGGCAGCAGGCAGGGACCUGAUUGUCAGGUCCCCAGACCGCCACCAGUCUUGGUUGCUGGUGAAGGGAGGGUUGGGAGGAGCUAGAGAGAAGCCGGAUGGGGCCCCUCUGCCUGGGGGCGGACAGAAGAGCAGUGACACUUGUAACCCCCUGUCAGGCGCCUUCUCAGGAGUGUCCAACAUCUUCAGCUUUUGGGGGGACAGCCGGGGCCGCCAGUACCAGGAGCUGCCUCGCUGCCCCGCCCCCCCCAGCCUCCUCAACAUCCCUCUUUCCAGCCCGGGCCGGCGGUCCCGGGGCGAUGUGGAGAGCAGGCUGGAUGCCCUCCAGAGGCAGCUCAACAGGCUGGAGACCCGGCUGAGUGCAGACAUGGCCACCGUUCUGCAGCUGCUGCAGAGGCAGAUGACGCUGGUCCCACCUGCCUACAGUGCUGUGACCACCCCGGGGCCUGGCCCUACCUCCACCUCCCCUCUGCUGCCCGUCAGCCCCAUCCCCACCCUCACCCUGGACUCGCUUUCUCAGGUUUCCCAGUUCAUGGCGUGCGAGGAGCUACCCCAAGAUGGCCCCGCUCGACGCCUCUCCCUGCCGGGCCAGCUGGGGGCCCUCACCUCCCAGCCCCUGCACAGACAUGGCUCAGACCCAGGAAGUUAGUGGGGCUGCCCAGUGUGGACACAUGGCUCACCCAGGGUUCAGCGCACUGUCUGGGCCCCUCCCCGUGGAGGCCCUGCCCGGGAGGCCCUGGCCGCGGAGGGGAGAGGAACAGGAAGGCACAGCCCCUCCCCCAGCCCUUGGGACCAUCUCCUCCUGCGGUCCCCUGAGCCCCCGUGGGAGGGGCAGGGGCAGGGCGGGGCAGUGGACGGGGGUCUGUGGUCCCCCCACUGCCCUGGGGGCAGUAGCUGGUCUAACUGCCCGGAGGCACCCGGCCCUGGGCCUUAGGCACCUCAAGGACUUUUCUGCUAUUUACUGCUCUUAUUGUUAAGGAUAAUAAUUAAGGAUCAUAUGAAUAAUUAAUGAAGAUGCUGAUGACUAUGAAUAAUAAAUAAUUAUCCUGAGGAGA